GCAGACAGCUAAACACGAGUGUCAAUACGUUGCAUAGUGUGAACAAAAGUGUGCGGCAUUAUAUGCACCGCACUCCUCUAACAAGUUGCUUGUUGUUGCUGAAUCUUGUGUCAAAUUCUGUUGAAUGCCUCCAAAGUUGCAACAAUCAUCAUGACAGCACCCGCAGGCAUCAGCCCAGAAAUAGAAGCAGUAUUAGAAAAUGGUUUGAACAAAACUGCUCUGACCUGCCUGCAUUGUCCCUCCCGAAUACUUAAUCCAUCAGUUGGUACUUUUGUUCAACAAGAAUUUGCCCUGCCAGCCAUGACUAAACAGAAGAACCAAAUUAUAGAUGAGAAGCAUGAAUUAAGAGAGUUCUGGAAAGUUAAGGACAUGUUCCAGUUUGAAAAUGUAGGUUUUUCAAACACUGUUGAUGGAGUUAAGUAUCUCACAUGCGCUGAUUGCGAAAUGGGCCCCAUAGGUUGGCAUGAUCUUGUGACUAAAGAGAAUUUUAUAGCUGUUUCACGUGUGCGUAAUUCAUGAUUCACUCACACUCAAUGAUUAUUUGAAGACUUUCCAUACUUUGUCUUAUUAAGUCAUAAGAAAAAUCUUGUGUUCACAAAAUACAAAACUCAGAUUGAAACUCAAAAAACUACUUUAUUAAAUUUUUUAACAGAAAGA